AUGGCGAUAACGAUUCUCACCAAUAGGAUGGGGAUAGAGCGCGCCGGUAAACGAAACGAUUUUCUGCUGGUGACAAAAGAGCGCUGGAGUCAUGACAAACGAGUCAUCAGAGAGGAAGCUCAUGAUGUCUUUGCUAGUAGCCAGGAAACGAGAAGUGAGGGAGGUGUAGUGAUGAUUUUCGUGGUGAGUAGUGGAAUGGAGGAGGAGGCAGUGUAUAUAUAUGCAGAGACACCGACGUUUUCGCCGCGAGAGCUUGAGAAGAUCAUAAUCGACGAUUUGAAAAGCAAGGCAGAAAGGGGAAGAAUGCGAUUGGGAAUCGAUGAUUGA